AUGGCAGAAUUCUGUCUACGCUUCCUCAAUGCAGUAGCAAUCUCACUAGAAAGUGAAAGAGAUACAGCUGUUGAUGUCUACUUCACUGUAACCGAUUGCAACUUCCAGGCAAGAACCAGGAUCGACACAGACCUUCUCAUUGCCACUUUAGCCGCCCAGAAAAGAAUACCAAAUCAGGCAGAGGAAGCUGAGGAAUGCACAAUAUGCCUACAACCAUUCAAGGGAUUCCCAAAACAAAAUCAGAACGAGGUACGAAUCAAUCUACAGGAAAAUGAUGAACAAGGAAUAGGCCAAAUAUCUAUAUGUAAAAAGUACUCAGAUUUCACAGACUUGAAUAUUGGACCUUCCAACCUCACACUCAUCGUUCGGGGCACAUUAAUCGAGAGCAACAUGCAUUCCUCAAUAGCGGAGCAGCACAAAAAGGUUAUGGAAGGCCAAAUAUAUGAGGUUUCACAAUUUCAAGUUCGUCAGAAUAAUCGGAGGUAUAAACUCACCCCUCACAAAUACAUCAUUCAAGUGACAAGAGAAACUACAAUUGUCGUGGUGGACAAGAAAAUACCUCAGAUACCUAUCAACAAUUUCUGGAUCAAAAAAUAUAAAGAGCUGCUACUGUUAACAGGCACAAAAUCAGAGUUACCAGAUGUGAUUGGCAAGAUCCGUAUUAUACAAGGAACAGAUCUUAGAAAUUCCCAGUACAACACCAAAAUUUUGGUAGGCUUACAGCUUAGCAGGAACACCAUUGUGCGGCUUAUUAUAUGGGACGACCAAGCAUCCAAAUUCCGUGAGACGUUGUGCAUCAAAGACCGUAUGGAUGAGAAGAACAACCCGUUCAUAGACAUGGAGAAGGCAUUAGAAGACGACAAGAGGAUCAGGUACCACAGAGAUUACCUCUCCAACUUAACAUCUGCGAUAAGGGACGAUGGUUGCGAUGUGAGAGAGUACUUCAUGUGGUCGUUGCUAGACAAUUGGGAGUGGAACUCGGGAUACACGGUCCGGUUCCGGGUCUACUACGUCGACUACAAGAGUAGAGAGAUUUCAAAAGAAAUGAAAGGAUCAGAGUAG